AUUAUUUGACAUUACCGUUUGUCACUGUCAAUUGCCAUUUAUGAAUUUAAAAAAAUAAAACGGUUAUUUCCGUUUCAAUGUUAUAAGAGUCAUACUUUUUCUGUAAUUUUGUAGUGAUUUUAAGGUGUUGUAGAAUUUAUAUAAUGGAACAACCACUUUUAAAGAAGAAAUCGAGAAGAAUUAGAUGCACUGAAGAACUAAAUAAGUUACUUGAAAACAGUUUAGAUAGUUCUUCAUCAAAAAGCGAAAGUGGGAAAAAUAAGGUAACAAAAAAGAAAAAACUUUUAUACUCAGCUGAAAUAAAUUUAAAUAUUGAUCCAGUCAAAGAAAAUUGUUCACCAAAUGUUGAACAAAAACAAUCGACGAAAAAAUCCAAAAAGACGUUAAGAAAUUUUAUCGAACAUAAAAUAGAAAGUGGGGACACAAAAGUAUGUUCUAUGAAAAAUGAAACAUCAGCAGAAGAAGAUCACAGAGAUUCAGAAUUUGAAUUUAGAAUAAAGAAAAAGAGGAAGAAGCAUAAAAAACAAACAAAAUCAUCCUCAGAUGUUAUAUCUGAAAAUCAGACCAAAAUCGAGGUAAAUAAAAAAUCAGUAUUAAAAAAGGAAAAAAAAAGUCGAAACUCAGUAACCAGUUAUUCUAAAUCUAUAAAUUUGGAUGAUAAUGCAACAAGACAAUCUAGAAAUUCAAUUUCCAAAGAUCCUAAAUCUUUUAAGGAUCAGUCUACUGAAUCAUCAGAAUCAACAUCUCGGGGUAUGAGGUGUAAAAGGAAGACCAAAAAUUCAGUUUUAAAGGACCAUGAAAACUUGAAUAAUCAUACAUCAGAAUCAUUGUCACCAAAACCUGUUAGUUCAGAGUCCGAUGACGUAUUUGAACAAAAUAUUGAAUCACAUGAAACUCUUAAUAGUUUUCCAAAUGAAAUAUGUAAAGAUAACCAAGAAAAUUCGAAUACAGAAAUGCUUGUGUCUGAAUUGCAAGGAAAUAACAUUUCUGAAUUCUUCAGUGAAAAUGAGUCACUUUAUAAAAUAAAUACCAAUGAAAAGGGAUCAGUUAGAUUCACUACUCAACCUACUAUGAGAAGAUCAAAGUCUUUAAAUGAAUCUUUCAACAAAUCAAGUAAAAAAUCUAUAAGUUUUAUGACACCAGGGAGAAAUAAUUAUAUACAAACAGGAAGUCCAAUGACAAAUCAAAUCAAACAAUCAAAAUCACUGAAUACAACUAAGAAAUCAUCUGUUUCAUUUGCUUCAGUAGAUUCUACACAAUCAAAAUCAUUUGGAAAAAAAAAUUCAAAAAUAUUUCCAAAAUCCCCUCAUGUUUCUAGACUUACAAGAAACAACUCGGUUUCUUUCGACGAAAUAGAAUUUCUUCAAGAUGAAGGUCCACCAGAAAUGUUACAAAAAUAUUCAAAUUUGAGAAAACCAACAACCAAUUACAUUGAAAUGUCUGGUAAAAAAUCUGUUUCUUUCUUCACUCCUGCCAAUGACAACAAGAAAAAACCAAAAACAAGUUUUAAGAAAUCUCCAUAUAUUCAUAGAUCGACUAUUGAUCUGUCUAGCAGUGAUAAGUCACUGAAUGAAACUUUCCAGUUAACAUCACCUACAAUAGAAUUGGAAACUUUGAAAAACAAGAGUGUCAUCUUAUCACCUACAGCGUCAACACUUUCAGAAGGAAGCAAUAUAAUUUUUUCAUCAAAAAAAUCCAUACCAAACCUCGUGACGCCUUCCCCUCAAACCGGUAGUUCUUCUUACAUUUUAAGCACAUGUGACGUUAGCGACAAAACUAAGGGUAGUUCUGAAGUUAGUAAAUCUGAUGCAGAAACAAACGUAACUAGGAGAAAACAUUGGAACAGAUCCCUAGGAGUGUCAAUUAUGGAUAGUGAUGGUAUGUUACACAAUAUUUCAUCUCCAUGGAGAAACGAAGAUUUCAAUAAAGUUCAAAAUACCCAUGAACAACAUAACUAUACCACAGAUAGUUUUAUAAGUCCAAUUGAGAAAAUUGAUAGUACAUCUAAGGGAUAUAUUUCCUCAAUAACAGUGAGUCCAAUAAAAAUUCAACAGAAUGUAGAGCAUUCAUUGAAUACAGUAAAAUCUGAAACUGUAAUUUCUGAACAUUUGAAUACAACUUUUAGUCCUUUGGAAAAAGAUAAGUCUUUGAAAAAAUUAGGCCAAAGUAAACCAUCUAAACAGGAAAAUAAAGUCUUAGUGAAGAGAACAAAACUUCCAAAUUUUGCACUUAUUCACCAGAGAGCUUAUGAUAAAUUGGAGAAUGUAAGAGAAAUGAGCCAGCGAAAAGCUGCUAGAGCGCAGCAAUUAUUGUCGGGAAAGAAACCAGGUCCUGAUUUGAAUAUGAAAAUUCCAACAUCAAAUUUGAAGAUCAAGUCUCCUAAUUCAAAAUUAAAGUCCCCUAAAAGCCGAAAAUUGUUGAGGUAUACUCCCAAAAAAUCACACCCCCUUGAGAACUUACUAGAACCUUGUACAUCCAGUAUUGUAGUGGUUAAAACAAGUACUAAAAUUACACCAUCAAAAUCCAAUCCUAAGAAGAUUGUAAAACCCGUUAUAAAGAAAACAGCAAAAUCAAAUAUUCCAAAAAUUAUAGACAAGAAACCUUUGUCAAAAUUAGGUUUUAAAAUAGAAACAACAGGCAAAGACAAUAAAGUUUUAAGACAAGAUCAAUUGAAAGCGGCAGCAAAUAAAACGAAACCAAGCAGAAAUUCAUUAGAAGCUCGUCGAACUGUUAUACAAAAUGUGAGAACAAAUCGAAGAUUUGAUCUGCUUAUGAAGAUGAGGAAAAAGGAUUAAUUAUUAUUUUAUUAAUUAUGAGCUUAUACAGUUUUAUAUAUUCUUUUAAAUAGGUUAUAUUCUCCCUUUUAAAAAUAUUUUAAUGUAAGAUGUACUAAAUAUACUACAAUAAACUUAUGUAUACAAUUA